AUGUCCGCUCCCAACCAUGGCGAACGUACCUCCAAUCUGCUGAAUUUGCUCAAGUUCGGCGGAACUGGUAGUCACGCUUCACACGCUGCCCAAGCUCGCCAAGGGCCAUACCAGCACCAGUCGCCUCCGCAGCAGCAGUUGGCCCAACACCAGCAUCAGGCCCAGCACCAUCACCAGGCCCAGAAUCAGCAUCAGCAUCAGCACCAGCUUCAGCACCAGCACCAGCACCAGCCUCAGCACCAGCCUCAUCAUGACGAGCAAGACAAUGAGCCUCCCAUUACCAUGUCAUCGUCCUUCCCAAGCCAGAUUCUCGCUCCUGCCCCCACUUCGCAGGACCCGAGCGGCCUCCUCCGCGCUCUUAUGAGCGGAGCUCACGAGAAUGACGAAUCUCGCCAGGACUCACCCAACGUCGUUGCUCACAUGCCUGUGCCUGCUCCUGUGCCGGCCUCUUCCUUUGAUGCUUCGUCGCCUUCGGAUGAUACACGCGCCUACCUCUUGAACUUGCUCAAUCGCCCAAAGCCAAGCCAGCAUGACCAGCCCUUGCUUUCAGAGGCCCAGCCGCGCCACUACCAGGGCUCCUUCGAUCAUUCGCCCGACGCCCACCCCGAUGCCACGAGACACCUCCAUCACGUCCUUGAGGCUGCCCCCAACGGCUACCCCACGGCCCAGCUCCCGCCUCAGAACGGUUACGAUUACGAGAGAAGCCCGUUUGAAGAGGAGCCAGCUACCAUCUACGGCCCCUAUGCCUUUCCUCCGAAUCACCAUGAUGCUGACAUGCCUGCAUCGAGGCUUUAUGGAAGCAGCUACAGUACCGCUUAUGAAGAGCCCCGUGUGUCGUCGUCGCAAAAUCACACUCCGAAGUCCGGCUCGGUAACCAUUGUUCCCCAGAGCUCCGCGCACUCAGCUGGACACUCUCCCGCCGGACCGCCGUUCCAGAUCCUCAAGAAGUCGCACGAUUCGCCCGUUGCUUCACACCAUGGAAGUGACCGUAGGAGCAUCGGGGACGGACGCAGCCCCCUUGCCAGCCCCGAGCAUCUUCGUAGCAAGGGAGGCCAAGCUUGGGCCUCGCCCAACCAUACCCCUGGCUCCACUGCCUCAAUGUCCAUCCCGUCGGAGGAGAGGGCCAGGGAGACAGUCUCUGAAGCCAUCGACGACAUCGCUGAGAAGGCCAACCAGGAAGCCCAGGAGGCUUUAGCCCGGGCUGAAGACGAGGAGCCCCAAGCUCAGCCGGAAUACAUGAAGAGCCUGGACGACAUGAGCGCCGCACGCACUGACAAGGAAUUCGAGGAGAGCACCCGCGAAGCCGCCCAGGCCAUCAAAAAGGAGCUGGACCGCGAGGAGAACAAUGGCAUCUUGGAGGAGGCGGUGCCCCCCGAGGUUGCCCAGGAGGUUCGCGAAAUUGUCGAGGAGGCUGCCGCCCAAGCCACCGUGGCGUCGUCUUCUGAGCCCGUCGAACCCAGCGAGCCCACCGGGGAGCCCGUGGACGCUGCGGAGCCUACCGAGGGCGUGGCAGACAGCUGGGAGAGUGCGGAUCAGGACGAGAUCGUCGUCAUCGAAGAAGAAGCUCCCCCUCCCGUCAAGGUCUUCAAUUUCCCCAUGAAGCCUUGGAUUUCCAUCGCUGUCAAGGACGACAGCUCUUACGAGAGGCCUCAGUUUCGCGAGGAAUCUAUUAUGGAUAUUGCUCGCCUGAAGAAGGAGUUUGAUCAGAUCGAUCGGAAUCUGUACACCGCGACGGAGAACUACAUGGUCUAUGGCAUGUCCAAGGCCGGCGGGCUUCGUGUCAUCCGCCAGGAAGAUGGUAGAGAUGCCAAGAUCUUCACCGACACCAAGGACCGCAUUUUCAACGUCGCCAUGUCUGUCACUCCUUCCGACCACACUGGCGCUCAUCGGGAGGCCAUCAUCGGCACUGGCAUCAGUGGUACCGUCUACUGGCUGCAGAUCAGACACGGUGAGAAGGACCACAUCGAGGACACCCAUCCCGAGCAGCACGGCUUCGCGCUGUCACCAAUGCAUGAAGGAGGCGACGCACCGGGCGGCGUGCUCAAGACGCGUGCCAGGCCAUCCACCAUUCACCCGGAAUUCUUCGCCGUCGGCCGGGGCAAGUCGAUCAACAUCAUCUGGCCGUCUUUCAUCAUGCAGAACAACUUGAUCAAGCCGGGCCACGACCGCUUGGUUGACACCGAGGCAUUGGCGAAGCAGUGUUCGUUGAAAAUCAACACUGGCAAGGCUGGCAAGGACUUCACCUUCAGCCAAGACGAUUCCGUCAUUGUCUCGCUCGACAAGUCCGGACGGGUGAAGUUCUGGGAUGUUCGCGAUCUGAUUGCCGCCAAGGAAGGUUGCGAUCCUCGCGCCCCCGUUCCCGCACAUACGUCUCUCGAGGUCAAGGAGCCGCUCUUGACUCUGACAAGCACUCCGGAAGGUGAAAAGGCCUGGCCGACUUCUGUGCUUCUGGUGGAUAAGCUCCGCCCGUACCAGAAGCGGUGCGCCUUGCGCUACAUGAUUGUCGGCAUGAAGCAGAACCAUACCCUGCAGCUCUGGGAUCUGGCCCUUGGCAAGCCCGUGCAGGAGUUCAACCUUCCCCAUAGCAAGGAGUCGGAUGCUGUCUGCAGCGUGAUGUAUCACCCGCAAACCGGCAUGCUCGUCAUUGGUCAUCCCACGCGCAACUCCAUCUACUUUGCCCAUUUGUCGGCCCCGAAGUACAACCUCAAGAGCGUCUCGCAGGUCGAAUACAUUCAGAGGCUCGUCGCUCAGGACGCAUCCAUCCCCCAGCCCGACUCUACGGCAGUGAUUAGUGGCGUCCGUGAGUAUUCGUUCGCUAACAGGGGAAUUCUCCGGAGCCUCGACCUUCUGCCGAACCCUGCUAUGAGCCAGGAUUCCGACGAGCCGACCCUCUUCGAACUCUACGGCAUGCACUCUAAGGGGGUCGCAUGCGUGCUUGUGAAGCAGGCAGAGCUUGGUUGGUCCAAGGACAACAAAGUCCUCGCCCCCAUGUCGGCCGUGGACGCCGGCGUGGUUUCAAUUUCGAAGCUUAAAGCCCCUGCCGUUCAGCCUGCGGAACCGAUCCCUCAUGAUACCACGCAGCCUACUCAUACUGCUGUCCGCAACACCAGCAAAGAGUCCGAGCGGACCGCGGGCCCCGAAACCUCCGCUCCCACGAAGUCGAAGCAGGAAGUCACUACCGAAGAAACCCCGGCUCCUACCCCGGUCAAGGAGGAGAAGCAAGAAAAGCAAGAGAAGCAAGAGAAGCAGGAACGCAAGAGCCGGAAGAAGAAGGCGGCUGCCGCUGGCGCUCUGGCGGCUGAGCCGCAGUCUAACGGAAGUGGCCAUUCACCCCGUGUUGGUGCCAAGGAUUCCAAGCCGGCCGCCGCCACCUCUGCCACCCCACCCAGCAACAUCAGCCAAGAGUCGGUCGAAGCCGUCCUCGGCACCAUGGAAUCGCGCCUUAAUAGCAGCUUCGCUGGCACCAUCAACGCCGGCCUCAAGACUCUGUACAACAAGAUCGAAGAUGGGCAUCGUGAGCGCGAGAAAGACUUUGAUCAGCGCCAGAUGAAACUGCUCAACAUGGUCUCCGAGGUUCUUAACGAGAAUACGCAGAAAGUCCUCGAGUCGCUCAUUCAGGAUCAAUUCACCCACUCGGUCAUCCCGGCCAUUUCGGAUGUGGCUCGCAAGGCGGUGGCCGAUCAGUUCAGCUCUAGCAUGUCUGAGGAGAUCAGUCACUCCGUUCACAAGGAGAUCCAUCGAGCCCUCCCCAGCGCGACCCAGCAUGCCCUACAGAAACAGGAGUUUGUGAAAGCCAUCUCGGAUCGAGUGGGGAGCACUGUCGCUGCCAGCGUCGAGCACGAGAUUCUCGACACUCUGACGAGCCGCCUGUCUACUUCCUUCAACCACGUGGCUGCCACGGCAUGUCAACGCGUCGCCGAUGAAAUGCAGCGCCAGCACCACUCGGAGCUGGAGGCCAUGAAUGCGCAGCGUGCGACGGACGCCAAGAAGAUCGACCAGCUCAGCGCUGUUGUCACGCAACUCACUAGCAUGGUCUCUGGCAUGGCAGCCUCCCAGGAGCAGUUCCAGGGCGAGUUCAUCCGGUUCCAGCGAGAGAUGCUUGAGGCUCAGGCAGAGGCACAGGCCCAAGCUCAGGCACAUGCUGAGGCACAGGCACAGGCGCAGGCGCAGGCACAGGUUCAGGCACAGGCUCAGGCUCAGGCCCAGGCUCCUGCCCUACAGCAACAGCAGCAUCGUCAGCAGCCGCAGCAGCAGCAUCAGCAACACCAGGUGCGACAACAGCAACAGGUGUCUCCCACGGCGCCGGUGCAGGGCCACGACCAGGCGCACAGCCACAUGCAGCAUCAGCUCCAACAGAUGCAACAGCACAUGCAGACCAUGCAGAAACAGGGCAGCCACGGCUACGGCGUGAUGCACAGCCCGCAGAGCUCCCAUCAUUCUAUGGCCUACCCUCAGUCUCAUGCCCAUUCCCACGGCGUUUCUCACACCACGGGCAACUAUGCGCCCUCACAGGCGCUGGCGCCCAACGCUGCUAACGCGGGCAGCGGCAACACGGAGUAUGAUCAAGAUCUGGCAGACCAGAUGGCAAUUCUCGACUCUCUCGUCAAGACGGGAAGAGCCGAGGAGGCGCUGCUCCGAUGGCUGCAGUCAGGCCGAGAGCAGGUGAUUUUCGAGAAGUUUAUGAGCAAGUUCAGUCCGCAGACGAUCCUUGCCGGUAUGCCCGGUUUGAUCCUGCUUACUGUUGCUACAACCAUUUGCCAGAGUCUCGACACCUCGACCCGUGAGAGGGUGGCAUGGCUAGAGGUUGUGGUUCAUACUUUGCACAAUGAGUUCGAGUCGCUGGAUGCCGAUGCACGCGCAGUUACCCCGAAGAUCUUCAACCUCUUGAUUGCCAACACGGAGAAUCUCUUCGUCCGCAUCAGCAACACUCGAGGGAAUGACCCGAUUCUCAAGAACCUGUCACAAAUGAUGGCGACGGCCAGACGCACUGUCGAGGCUUGCAAGCCACGCCAUUUUGGCUGA